AUGCGGGUGCCAGGAGCGGGGUGCGGGGUUCUGGGUGCCGGCGGCGGGGUGCCGGCGGCGGGGUGCGAGGGUCGGGGGCAGGGUGCGGGGGUGCGGGGUACCGGGGGCGGGGUACCGGGGGCGGGGUACCGGGGGCGGGGUGCCGGCGGCGGCGUGCGAGGGGCGGGGGCCGGGCCCGGGGGACGAGCGGCGUGGCCGCGUUGCGGGGCGCUGCGGGCGCUGCGGGCCGGGCGGCGUCACCGGCGUGUCAUUGCCGCGUCCCUGCGCCGAUGGCCGAGCGCUGAGCGCGCUGUCCCUGCCCGGCCGGCCGCGGAGGCUCUGGCGCCGCCGGGGGUGUCGGGGUCCGGGCUGGCGGCCCCGCACCUGCUCUGGGGCUGCUUCUGCCGAGGCUGCGGCUCCCCCCCCGCCCCGCACGCAGGCCCCGCGCCCGGCCCCGCCGGCACCACGGACGGCGCCCCCGAUUCCCGCGCGCCCCUGGACGGGGCCUUCUGGGCGGCCCCCGCGGGGUCCCCCCCGGGCUGCUUCACCUGCGUGGCCAAGCCCCCCGCCCUGCAGCCCGCGCCCCCGCCCGCCGGCCCGCCGCCCAUGGCGCCCCCGCUGCUGCCCGCGGAGCCCAAGGGCGGCCCGGACGCGCGGGGCCCGGCCUGCAGGCACCUGGCCGACAAGCCGCUGGGCCGCCCCGCCGCGGUCAUCGAGGUGGGCCCCGACUCGGCCGAGGUCAACGACUACUACCUGUGGUCCAUCUUCAACUUCGUCUACCUCAACUUCUGCUGCCUGGGCUUCAUCGCGCUGGCCUACUCGCUCAAGGUGCGAGACAAGAAGCUGCUGAAUGACCUGGAGGGCGCAGUGGAGGACGCCAAGACUGCGAGGCUCUUCAACAUCACCAGCUCUGCGCUGGCGGCCUCCUGCCUCGUGCUGGUCUUCAUCUUCCUGCGGUACCCGCUGUCGGACUACUGAGCCCGCCGCCCGCCCGCCGCCCGCCGCAGCACCCAGCACCCAGCACCAAGGGCUCCCCUGCCGCCUCCCAUGCUACCCGCUCCUGUCUGUGAACAUUCAAUAAACGCCAGCAGCUGCAGC